AUGGCGCGAGGCGGCGCGCGGGCACGCGUCGGGAAAAAGGUGCCUGAAUCGCCCUCGACGAGUCCACCUGCACGUCAAAAAGCUGCGGUUAAGGCUUCCCCUCGUACUUCUCCGUCUCCGGCAGAUCCAAGUCCGAUUCCACAACCACUGGUCCUUAAGCGCCAGAAAAAUCAGCAGUAUAAGACACAAGAUGAACUCAAUUCGAAUGACUACUACCACAAUGCAGCCCAAGCCGCACUCAAAAGUCUGCAAACUUUCACACAGAUGACGGUUCAUGAACAAUCCUUCAAUUGUGCGGAGGCCAAGGCAGCUUCGCUGGAACGAAUGGCCGAGGAGGAUGAACGGUCCGUGUUGUAUAAUCCGGAACGGAUUCGAGAAGGAAGAUUGCGUUAUGAAGACGAUCCGCUAAAUGAAGUGACGAUAAAGUUGUCAUCAAUCUCAGCAAGAUCGCCACCGCCUUAUGAGACUCGAUCUUCUGCAAGCAAGAGGCGUACGGAUGCGUGGUCAGCCACUGGAUGGCAUGGGUCUUCCUGUGAUUACCGGCCUGAGCCCUUAACAUGUCCUCCGAGAUGGAGAGGAGACCAACUGGAAAAGGAGCAAGCGUACUAUUCAACACGAAAGAAAAUUCAAGCAAGACGGGAGCGUGACGAGUCGAGCUCGAGGAGGAGACAGCGCGGCAAAUCGACGUCUACUAGAAAACGUGGGACGAUCGUGCAACCGCAAGAAGACCUGAACGAGCUUGCUGUUCUGGAGGAUGCGAUGGGUUACCACUAUGGUAUCGCUCUGAUCACAGAUGCUGAUCAAGCAGAUGAUGCUGGCCCCUCGACACCCCCGCAAACUAUGAAUCUGCAACCGGUCGAGACGGUAGAGGAGGAGCACGAGCAGGAGCCUCAACCGUCAUCGAGCAAUGUUCAGGCGACUUCUAUUACGAGACUGUCAUUAUUGCCUGAGAUGCCAGCGGCUUCUCCCGUCACCUUGCGACCACCAACGCCUGAAACACAGGAGGCAGUUGCUACUCAGGAUCCGGAAAGCGAUGAUGAAGACGGGGAAGAUGGUACUGCUGAAAAUCCAUUCGUUGUGGAUUCUGAGUCUGAGCAAGAUGACGAAGAUGAGGAGGAGAUUGUGGAGCACGAGGUCGAUAGAGAAUCGGGCGCUGCACCAAUAACUGCUCUUGAAGCCCAUGCUCGUCUGCCACAUCUACUAAAGAAUGAUGGUGCUCAGAGCAGCAGGAUAGAGCCUGUUCAAAUUGACACCGCUUCUGAGUUAGUCAUCAAAGAGGUCGAGGGGGACGAGGCAGCAGAUGCCUGUGUGAAUGAAGAGCAGGAGGUGGACGACGACGACGAUGUGAUUUUGAUCGAUUCCGAGGAGGAGCUGGAGGCUCAUCGACAAAGCGUGAUUGUGUGCCCGCAAAGGUCGAGCGGAGGAAGUGCACAAUCUCCAAGGUCUGCUUCCGACUCCGGUUUCUUGGAGGAUGAAGCAGAAAACGUUGCUGGUAAUGAGGAAAAAGCCGACGAAGAAGUGCAGGCUCAAAAGUCUGCUUCUCUUGCUUAUGUACGGUUAAACACGGGGUCUCGAAAAAUUCGAAAGAAAUGGGUGUCGGUAGAUAGACAACUAUUGAUGGUGGAGUCCGACUCAGAAGUGGAGGAAGAUGAGGAAUGUGAUGAGGAUCAGGAUUCAGACGUGGUCUUCCUUGACGAUGAUGAUGGCAAUGAAACCGAAGAGCCAGAAAAUGAUGGCGAUCAAAAUGAUAGGGUUGAUGCUCUACAGGAAACGGAAAUUUUGACGCCUGUUCCUUGCGUUUCUACCAUCCUGGACCAGGCUUCUAAAGAAGUUGCAAAUAGCUGUAAAGCGAUACCAAGCCCUCAAAGCGAAAAGCCCAUUGAGUCCGACCUGCUGUUAAAAGUAGAUGAUGCUUGCAAAGUGCUAACUUGUGAAACAACGCCGCUCCCUGAUGAAGGUACUGACAAAACCAUGGUUGAAGAAAUCCAGGCAAAGGAUACUUCCGCUCCUCCUCAACUUACUCCUUUGUCGAUCGCACUUGAUACCUCUGGCUCAAGCCCCAAGGCGACUAAGCUGCCGGAAACUGACCCAGUAAAUUCCGGAGAGGCAUCUGAUGACGAAGAACUGCUGAAGAUUGUUAAAGAUCACGUCAGCGCGGACAAGCUUGCCAGGCUUGUGAAAUUUUUACAAAAAGAAAAGGAUGAAAGCCGAAAGAAAAUUUCCGAGAGCUCUCCGAAGCUUGAUGAAUUCUCCGCUCAAGCUCGAGCUGAAGAAAGUUCUGAAAGCCUGGUUUCCAAACCGGAAGCGGAAGCAUCUGACGUUCUUCAAACUCCGGAAGCAUCAAUCAACGAGGCGAUCGAGGAGAAGCCUACAAGCGAGCCAAAUGUUUCGUUCGAUAAAAACGAUGCGGCAAAGAUAAGUGAAGGCUUUGGGGAUCAAUCAAUAUUGCAAGAACCGGAAGUUCUCGAGCUUAAAUCCAAGAAAAAGAAGACCAAAAGCGGUGCCUUGAAAAGGUUGAGGAAGAAGCAGAAGAAGGAGAAGUCAAAAUCCAGCAAGAAUAAGAAGAAGAACGUUAUGACCAAGGUUAUGCGGGAAUCCCGUAAAGUCAUCGAGUCGUUGAUCGAGUCAGUGGAGAAAGACGAAAACCGUAAGCUCCCAGCACCCGAACCAUUGCCAACCCUGGCAGAAAAAGAGAAGAGUCUCGAGUCUCCAGAACCUGAUCAAGAUUUAGCUCAUGGUGAAGAGAACACGGGAACCCAAGCGAACGUAAACGAAGAAGAAUUGCGUAAAGUCAUCGAGUCGUUGAUCGAGUCGGUGGCGAAAGAGGAAAAGCGUAAGCUCCCAGCAGCCGAACGAUUGCCAAUCUCAGCAGAAAACGAUGAAAGUCUCACGCCUGAAGAAGCUGAAAAAGAUGAAACUCUCUGUGUGGAGAACACGGAAACACAAACUGGAGUAAACGAAGCAGUCAUCGACUCAUUGAUCGAGUCGGUCGAAAAAGAGCAAAACCGGAAGUUGACGCCCGAACCAUUGCCAAACUUGGCAGAAGAAGAGGAGAGUCUCGAGUCUCCAGAACCUGAUCAAGCUGAAUCUCUUUGUGAGGCGAACGUCGAAACACAAGCUGAUGCAAACGAAGAAGAACCGCGCAAAGUUAUCGAAUCAUUGAUCGAGUCGGUGGAAAAAGAGGAAUAUCGUAAGCUGCUGGCACCCAAACCACUGCCAAUCCUGACCGAAAAGGAUGACGGUCUUAAGUCUCCAGCACUUGAACAAGCUGAAGCUCUUUGUCUAGCCGACGCGGAUGCACAAGCUCAAACUAUUUUAGAAGAAUCGCGCAUGGUCAUCGAGUCAUUGAUCGACUCAGUGGACAAAAAAGAAAAUUCAAAGCUGCUAACACUGGAACCAUCACAAAUCUUGGCCGAAAGAGAGGAGAAUCCCAAGUCUCCAGAACCCGAGCAAGCUGCAGCUCUUUGUGAGGCGAACGCGGAAAGGCAAGCCGAAGCAAACGAACAAGAAUCGCGCACAGUCAUCGAAUCAUUGAUCCGGGCGGUGGAGAAAGAGGAAGACCGAGCCCCGGAAGUGCCCGAGUCGUCAUCUAUCUCCAGAGCAAAAGACGAAAGCCUGAAAUCAGCCCCUCGGCCCGAAUCGCCAGGAAGCGUAAACGAAAAGGAAGGCGACCAGCCGGUGACGGUAGCUGCUGCGUCAGGACCGCCUGGAAGCUCUCAAUCAUCGGCCAAGUCGACACAAGGAGACGAAAAUAUCUAUUCACCAGCAUCGGAACCAGCUGUGGUUUCAACCGUCGGUAACGGAGUACCGGAUACCACGAAGCAAGGAAAACCGGUGGAAAAAGCUGGUGAAAAAGCUUUGAAAUCCGGUGCAUCUACACCUACUCAAGCCGAUACAGCAGACGACCGGCUGAUUGAUUAUCGCAAAUUGCCGAUCACGGCCUUAACAAAAGAGUUGAAAGCCGUACCUCUCGGGAAGGAGAUUAAGGCAGCUAAAGGAACACCAGGUGCACCACUUCGGGUUAGGCCACCACACAGGGAAAAGAAGGUGAAGCGUGCGCAUAGUGGCGCAAAAGUAGCUACAACUCGGGAGCCAAACGAAAAGCGGCUAAAACAACUGGAACCGGAAAUGACUGGCAAAGACACAGAGAAAGAUUGUUACCAAGUCUCGAGCAGCAAUCCGCAUCAAGACAAUGACACCAAAGACUUUUCUAUUUCUUCCCUUUUGGAUCAAGAGUUCGAUGUUUUAGACCGAUAUCUACGCGGAUUAGAAGAGUCUCGCCCAUCGUCACCGGUUCAAGGCGAAGUCGAACGCCCAGAUCCCUUAAAUCACCGCGCAAACUCUAAGGAGUUCGACCCGGUGGCGCCGGCGGCUUGGUUCGAAGAAUGGGUGGAUACACAAGAUGAACGCGACGGUGCACAGGCCGCCGAGAUUCCUGCCAGCCUGAGAAAAAAUGAGACUCAAACUGGCGAUAUGCCGUGGCCGGUUUCUCCCUGCAUCAGCAGAGUUGGAGCUCCCGAGCCUGUCAGAAUUGCUGAAUCUCCAGACGAUUUCGGAAGUUUCUACUACGACGAUGUUGAAGCGAUACCGGAUGCUGAUGCUCUCGCCGUGAUUGUCGCCAGCCCUUGCAAAAAUGCGACGCAAAUUGAUGAUAUCGCAAUAGCCUUUACGCCGGAGCCGAAUUCUCCCUACUUCAACAGAAUUGAUGCUCCUGAGCUUGUCGGAGCUGCUGAAUCUCUAGACGAUUUCUAUCAUUUAGACUACGACGAUGUUGGAGAGGUACCGGAUGCUGCGGCUGUCGCCAAGUUUGUCGCCAGCCUUCGCGAAAAGAGGCCGGCGACUGUCUCUGGUGACGCUGCGACAAGGGAGCUGCAGAAACCGACUUCUCCUAAAAUCAGCAGAGUUGAAUCUCCCCAGCCUGGAAGGGCUGCUGAAUCUCCAGACGAUCUUGGCCAUGGUGAUCAUGUCGAUGUCGAGACUGGUGAUGACGUAAAGGAGAUGCAGCAACCUGACACUCCCUGCAGCAGCAGAGCUAAGCAUCCAAAGUCUCGAAAGCCCGCCGAAGCCCGAGCCCCAUCGCCUAUUCCCAUCCCCAGACCACGAACUCCUGAAGGACCUCCAGCCGCUGUGGUACAGACAACCGGAGAUCAAACUUCGGAAGCUUCAAAAUGCAAACCUGAUCGCUUCGACAUGAUCAAAGCUAGAGCGACCAGGCGAAAGCCGGCUGAACGCUUCGGACAACCAGCCUCCCAUAAGGAGCUGAGGAAAGCGCUGAGGAGUCCGAAACGGCCUCACCAUUCCGGCUAUAAGUUGGAUAAGAAACACGAGCCUGGCGCGAAGAAGCGUCGCAAAAAUAAGGACGAUCCGGAGUAUCAGCCGAGGGUCCGGUUU